AUGGAUGAGAGAUGCAAAUUAGAGGUUCUUUGUCACAGGAAGCGGCGCAGCAGCCAGUGCCCUGCAGUGGGAGAUCAGAACUCCGGCAGGUACUCUCGGUCAUCAGCAGAGAACACCCGGCUGAAAUAUACCGCCACGCUGAGCGCUCAGUACGGCAUCAAUGUGUUUGUGCUGGGCUUGGUGUUGACGGUGGCAGGGACAUUUCAGAAAGCCGGAGUGGCACAAGAACACAUCUUAGCCUACCUCAGCACCCUCAUGGCGAUGCAACUGGCAUGGAUGCUCUGGUACUUCUUAAGAAGGCACGGAAAGAGAGGGUUGGUCACCGAAAAAGAUGACCACGCCGGACCAAGGUGGCUGAGAGGUGGGUUAACCUUGUUUGCCAUCUUGAGUUUAGUUCUGGAUAUGUUUAAAAUUGGAUACUACAUUGGAUAUUCAAGUUGCCUCUCAGCCGCCAAAGGUGUCUUUCCUGCCGUCCAUGCAGUGCACACACUUUCCCAGGUGUAUUUCCUUUGGUUUCAUGCAAAGGAUGUCAUUCGAACUUUUCAAAUCAUAGAAAGAUUUGGAAUGAUUCAUUCUGUCUUUACAAACCUGUUGUUGUGGGUGAAUGGUGUAAUUGCAGAAUCAAAACACCAGCUAAGUGACCACAAAAAGCGACUGGCUGUGCUUGGCUUUGCCAACUUAACCAUGGAAAAGGUUGGACCAAAUUGCAGUUGUACUAUAAAUGCAUGCGCGGCUUUCUAUAAAGGCUUCUAUUACAUGUACCCUUUCAACAUUGAAUAUCACGUAUUUGCAUCUGCCAUGCUCUACAUCAUGUGGAAGAAUGUCGGGCGCAAGAUGGAACACCACAAACCUCAAAAACUCAUGUUUAAAACACGCUACAACAUACUGCCAGGGCCAGUGCUGGGAGCAGCUGUAUUCGCAACCACAAUAGGAAUUCUUGUGGUGUACAGUAUACAGGUGGGGCAUUCAAAGGAUCAUCGACAGUCUGCUGUAAAGAUGUUUUACUUGUACAGUAUUACAGUACUUAGCUUAAUGUCUGCAGCAUCUACAACCGGCCUAGCUAUUUACAGAAUAGACAAAAUAUCGAUGGAUUAUUCCAAAAACCCGUCGCGAAAGCUGGACGGCUGCCUUCUGGUCAGUACCGCGUGUGCCACCUGGCUGCUGUCCUGGUGCUCUGUGCUGGCGGCGAUUUCUGCAGAGGCCCCCCUAUACUACACAUGGCUCAGUUUACCGGUUUCCACAUUGGUCAUCAUUGAGAAAUCCGCCCAAAACGUGUUUAUCAUCGAAUCCCUCCACCGUAAGCGGGAUAACGGUGAAGAGGAAAUCGGAAAGAUCAAGGCGACCUCGGCCGUUUCGGCUUCCGGCAACCUUCCCGUGGCAGCCUCAUAUUGUGGCAUUGUGAACAAAGCCCUGAAGAACGUGGAGCGGGAGGUGUGCUGCGCGGCUGCAGCUUGCAUCCCUCACUCUCCAGGCGGCGGCAGCGGCAGCGGCGGUGUGUGCUGUGAGCAGCUGACUCUACCCCAAGCUGCUGCUUCCUCUCCUCCGUCCAGUCUCAGACAGGCGGGAAAACUGGACAGAAAGAGAAUAAUACUGAAGAACAUCACCGCGUUUCUGUUCCUGUGCAAUAUUUCGUUUUGGAUACUUCCAGCUUUUGGAGCUUGGCCCCAGUUUGACAAUGGUUUAGAAGAAAAUGUUUAUGGCUUUGAAACAUGGAUUCUAAUAGUAAACCUUGCAAUGCCUUUUGCUAUUUUCUACCGCAUGCAUGCAUCUGCAUCACUUUUUGAGUUCUGGUUAUUUUUCAUGCUGUCAUAUUCAGCGAUUACAACCGCUUCAGCUGAUUCCAUACCACCAUGCGUCCUGCAGUAAAGAUAGCAACAACGUGGUUUUCCCGGAAAGAUUAAUGGCCCAAUGGAGAGUGACACCAAUUAUGGUCUCAAAUUAAGACAUGAUGGGAGUUGGAGAUAUU